UUUCUGUCUCUAGUUCGCGCCAACCCUCGAUGCCAUGUUGUACGAGCUAAUUGCCAUUGUCCGCCCGGGCAGCCUCAACGAGGUGCGAGAAAUCGCCCGUAAUGCCGGUACCCAAGUCAUCCGCUCCGGCGGCGUCGUUCGCGGCUACACCAACUGGGGCGCCUUCCGUCUGCCCAAGGUCACCACGAAACACCAGGCCCGAUACACUGAAGGUCACCACUUCAUCAUGCGCUUCGACUCUUCCGGCUCUGUCCAGUCAUCUAUCCGCCGUACUCUCGGCCUCGACCCGCGUAUGAUCAACUUUUCCGUGGUCAAACUCGGCGACAAGCUCGAAGAGAUCAAGGAUAUCGAGGGCAAGGUCGAGUGGAACAACGUUUCCACCAUUACCGAGCAGAUCUAA